CCCCUCCCAGCGUUGACAGCCCUCUAAACUUGCAACCUUCAGUCUGACUUACUUCGCAUCUAAACCCUGUCGCAAAAACGCCGAAGCUUAAGAUACCGGUACAAAACCGGUGUAUAUACUCGGUAUCGACAUACGAGCCAAAGGUAUUCUAGAAACAGCUGCGCAUUGUGGUUGUCGCAAAGCGAACUUGGAGAGCGACGUAGAGUCAUCCAAACCGAAAGCGAAUAACAAGGCCUAGCCAGGUUCUUGACUGGCAAUUUGUGCAGAAGAGCUCUGUUUCCUUACAAAUAAUUUCAUAAGAUGUCUACAACGUCGAAUACACCGGCUCCCACGGCCUCAAUGGACAUCGAUGAUAUGGACGUUGACUCUGGCGUCAAGCCCUCUACAGCCAACAAUCCUACCACGAUAGACGACGACGAUGAUGAUCCAGUCACCGCAACAUAUAACGUCUUUAUCAAUCCCUCUCUGCCUUUAGGCCGCCGUCUUCUCGUUCUCCAACAUCCUAACCGAACCGAUGACUCCCCACGGCCUCCACCGACCGAAUUGCGAGUGAAGGCUCAAGCAGGUAUGGUUGAAGUCGAUGUGCCCCUAGACAACACAGUCGCCUAUGAUCGCGAGAAGGGUCAAAAGUGGGGAAAGACAUUGCAUGCUUCUAUGGCGACCAAGAAUGGCGGCAGUCAUGGAUUGGCUGGCGGAUUUGGCUUCGGUACGGUCCAGGCUCGAGGUGGCAGGAAAAAGGCCGAGGAUGAACAGGAGAACAUGGAUUGGGCAGAGGCCGUUAGGCAGGAUAAAGUGCUUCGGACACAGACCCUUGGUGGGCAGUAUCCUGAGUAUAAGGAGGUUCAGCAUAUGGUUGGUGUCUUUCAAGGCAAGGACUUGCAUCUCACGCCUGUAUCAUCACUUGUUCAUCUACGCCCACAACUUCACCACAUCGACGCAACUGUCCAACAAGCACGCCAAGACGCAGCUACUAAGGAGUCGGCGCCCAGCACUGCAGCCGGCACUGCUCGCGCAAUUCAUAUGACUGUCAAGGCUACUGGCGAUGGUGAUACGGUUACCACCGAAACCAUGGCUGAUCGUCUGCGAUCUGUGCAGACAGAGCAUUGGCGAACUAUGCACUACACAGAUGAGAAUGAGGAGGCUGCCUGGGAGGUUUAUAACGAAAGCCUCUUCCUGCGCCCUACUCAAGAGGAGGCCGCGGAAGGAGCAGAGAAAGCCGAUGAUGCGGAGGAAAAUGAGCCACCCCUUGAGGAGUCUGUGCCAAAGUUCGCUCGUCGAUGGGAUGAUGACGAGCUUCUUGAAGCUGUUAGUGGUAUUAAGAAGCCACAACCGGCGCCAGAACCUGUCAAAGAAGAUCCCAAGCCAAUUGCUCCCGCCAAGCAGCCAGAGCAACCUGCGCCAGGGGCGGAGGAGGCACGAAAGCCCAAGCUUCGACCACGAGGUGGAGCGGCGGGGACCGUUCCUCGACGGGGAGGUAGACCUCGAGCUACAGCUUCAAAAACGGCCAACGUUGAUGGAUGAAGAGUGAAAGUCUGGUGCUAGAAGUAAACUCAGGGGACUAAAUAGGUUGCAUGGGACGGCGCAAAGGAUCUAUCAACUUUAUAUAAGGAAUGCAAAAGUCACAGUAUAAAAAAGCUUUGCCAAAACGUGUAAAAUUUGCAAAUACGAUAUA